AUGAAUUCAAGCAGUCGGAUCACGAGAUAAAAAGGGUUCCAUGAUUAUCUUAAAUAACACAGAUUGACCUGUUGAUGAUAUUCAACAUAAACACACUUGCACAACAAAAGACAAAACUGGAGCGAUUUUAAAUCUUUUUCGAUACAGAAAACUGAUUACGUAAGGCUAAAUUGGAUCCAAACAAACCGCAGUCUGUUUCGCUCAGCUCAUCAAAAUCUGAUCCGUCUCGUUGUUGGUGUAAACAUAAAAAGAAAACACCGAAAGAAACUGUAACCGAUACUCAAACGAGUCGUGCAGAAUACGACAACAAAUCAUUGGUAACAUGAUUAUCAUAAAAAAAGAGGUCAACAUUGACUUAACAUCCCGUGAUCGUCUGAAAACCAAAACAAGCUACAUCAUGUAUGAUAGAUAAAAAGAGGCUGGAGCAAACAUCCAUCACUCGCGCAAUCUACAAGCAGAUUAACAAACAUGGAGGGCAAAGGCAAUAAGCGUUCCAGCGCUCUCCUCUUCGGCCUUUCUUUCAAUUUAAUUCUAACGUUGAGUUCCCUUGGUUUCACGUGCUAUUCUUUACAUCGGCUCGACUCGCGACUAACAUCAGUUGAACAGGAUUUGCUGGUUGUAAAUCAUCCAUCUCAGCUUGCCAAACGCGUGACUGUUAAACCAUCAUCUACGCAUUCGCCUCCAAGUGGAUCGCGAAAGAAGGAAGCAGGCACACAGGCUAAGAGAGCUGUCGAAAGACCAUCGAUGUGCCGCAAAUGCAGCAGCCCCUGUUUAAACGCAAAUCGCCAUCAAAAUAAUCUGACAGAGGAGACGAGUAAUGAAAGGAUAGUUUGUGUGGAAGGUAAGAUUUAUGCGCCAGUUAAGGACGUUCGCGCGAAAAUUUUCCAUUUCAGUCGCGCAAAAGAUCGGAGGAAGUUUGUUUUGCUGAAGGCCAUUUUAAAAGCUAGAAGGCAACGGCAGCUGAAACAGCAGGGUACGAAUUCAGUUCGGGACGGCAAGAGCACGCCGUUCGAAGCCAGUACUGUGCGGCACGACAAGGACUGCCGUGCUAUAAGAAGUCGUGCCGAACUCAUGGGCGGAUCAAGUGGAAUGGUGCACGAGGUGCGCACCCCCCUCUGUGAAGAAGCCUCCUUCUUCGUAUUCGCUUUUAAAUUUGUUCACCUCACCAGUCAGUUACGCCAUAAGAAAAAUCUUGGAUCCGCCCCUCUAACUUAAUCCAGCCAGCCGAACUGAGUGCAUAGUUUCAAACCUCGCUACUACUGUCGCGCUUGAGUCGAAGUUCUCGGUAUUCGCAUCAAAAGAAUUUAGAAGACUAGAACACGGGAUGAAGUAAGCAUAUUGAGAGUUUCACAUUAAAAUAAAUUUUGAGGGGUUCCGUCGACUGUCGAAGAAUUGCAGUUUCAGUUCCCAAGCUCCUAUGGAAACGGCAAAAAUUACAUAAUUUUACGGGUAUAAAACGCAUCUCCGCUUGCCCAAUAUCGAAUCCAAAUAAAUACUAUGAGUCACUUUUGGCCUUCUGCUAUCAAUACUUAAAAUAAAAAAUCUGGGCAGUACGUAAGAACGCGCGCCAGUAAAUACAAACGUUUUUGAGGCUAAGUGAACUUAUUUGCAUAACUAAGUUACGAAUUUAUAGAAUAACUGCUAGAUAUAUUUCUAACAGUGGUGCUCCAGCUACGUUUUGAAGGGCUACAGUAAUAGGCCAAUUCCGACAUAUUGAAAUUCUAACUUG